AACGCAGGACUUAUUAGUCGGUUGUUAAUUAAGUGUUUUUUUCAGUGUGUCUGAGAGCACCGUCGUCCCAACCGCCGGAAGUCUGCAUGAAGCUGCGUCUCCUACAGAGGCAACGGCGUCGACGUUUUUUUUCCUGUCUUCGUUUUUUUUUUUUUUUAUUCGAGACUUUUUUUUUCUCUUUUUUUAUUUUCUCUCAGCGAGAUGAGCAGGGAGUGAGGAAUGGAGGCGUAGGGAGAGCACGGAUGUUUGUGUUUACUAAGCGGCGGGCUAGUUAAGCAUAUUGAAUAUACAGGCCUCCUUGUAGCUAGAGCAACCCAGCGAACAAAAGGAGAAAAUUAAUGGAGAAAUAAUGGACGAUUCCCAUUUCAACUCAUCAUACUUUUGGUCUCCCGUCCCCACUGUACAAGGACAGAUUGAGAACGCCAUGUUCCUGAACAAGGCGAAGGAGCAACUAGGUCCAGAGAAGGCCAGUGCGCCCUCCUUUCCUCACUCUUCUGCGUCUUCCACUUCCUCCCCCCACUACCCCACGGCCGUACUCGCCAUCCCCAGCUCAGUGGAUGGAGCGGCUGGGGUACGUGUGAUCCCUAAACAGGAAGGAGGCGGAGGCAAUGUAGGAGGGGGUGGUGGUGGAAACAGCAAUAGCGGACCCCUGAGUGCGGUGGGGGCACACCUGCACCAGUCGCACACUUCCCAGAACGUCACCGUUGUGCCUGUUCCCUCCACGGGUAUCAUGACUGCAGCGGGGUUAGUGAUCACCACCCCACAAGGCACACUGGUCCCCACCGCCUCCACGCAGUCUUUUGUAGCUGGACACCCCACUGCCACCACCAUGAUAGUGUCUGCAAUGCACCCCUCAAAUUCAGAUAAGAAGGAUGACAUUGCUCCUGCUGUUGUCAUGCCGGCACCAUCAAAACGAGGCAGGAAAAGCAAACAGGUGAUGAGCAGGGUGGCUGGAGUGGGUGGGGUCCUCCCUCCAGGAAGUGAUGCAUUAAUACUGGCACACCUUGCUGCUGGUGGACAGCAUCACGGUGGCGACCCAUAUGAUCUGUCAAAUGAUGAGGAUGAUCACACUAACAAAGACGGACCCAAAUCUUACAGGUGUCGGAUGUGCGCAGUGACGUUCUUCAGCAAGUCAGACAUGCAGAUCCACGCCAAGUCCCAUACCGAGGCCAAGCCCCACAAGUGCCCCCACUGCUCCAAGUCGUUUGCCAACUCCAGCUACCUGUCCCAGCACAUUCGUAUACACAGCGGGGCCAAGCCCUACACCUGCACGUACUGCCAGAAAACAUUCAGGCAGCUCAGUCACCUACAGCAGCACACACGAAACCACACUGAGGCCAAGCCCCACAAGUGUCCCCACUGCUCCAAGUCGUUUGCCAACUCCAGCUACCUGUCCCAGCACAUCCGCAUCCACACCGGGGCCAAGCCCUACACCUGCUCCUACUGCCAGAAAACAUUCAGGCAGCUCAGUCACCUACAGCAGCACACACGGAUUCACACCGGUGACCGGCCGUACAAGUGUAAUCAUCCUGGCUGUGAAAAAGCUUUCACUCAGUUGUCCAACCUCCAGUCUCACCGUCGGCAGCAUAACAAAGACAAGCCGUACAAGUGCCACAACUGUAACCGUGGUUACACAGAUGCUGCCAGUCUAGAGGUUCACCUGUCCACACACACCGUGAAACACGCCAAGCUGUUCUCCUGUGGCCUCUGCAACCGAUCCUAUACCUCGGAGACGUAUCUAAUGAAACACAUGAAGAAGCACAACCCCGACCCAUUAACAGUGGCAGCAACAGUAGCUGCUCAGCAGGCCCAGGGUCUGACACCAGGCAGGGGCCGAGGCCGCGGUCGAGGGAGAGGUGCGGGCAGAGCGAGCCAGCUCCAAAACCAGACGAACCCUAACAACAACCAGAACCCAAACCCCGGACCCCCAGGCAGCUACCAGCCACAACAGCAACCCACAGAAUCUGUGGUCCCCUGCCCAUUUGAUCUACACCAGUACAAGACAGUGUCAGCCAGCGAGAUCCAGUACAAACCAGUCACUGUGGCAGACCUGCCAGUGACCCACAAAGACCUCUGCCUAACCGUCUCCACAUCAGCCAUACAGGUGGAGCACAUGAACUCAUAGGCUGCGUCUUCCUGCUCUGCUCGAGGGAUUAGUCGAGUAAAAAUGGUCCAUAUGUACAAGUAAUUUAACUGUAUUCAGUAUUAGAGCCUUCUUAAAAUCAAGGGAAAAACAGCUGAUUGGGUGAAUUUCUAUAAUUCAGAUCUUCUAUUUUAUUGACACAUCACUGAAUUUGAAAGUGUAAAAACACUAGUGUAUUCAGUUUAGACUUCUGUAGCUUUCAGUGAGAUUAUUUUUUAAAAGCGGUUAGUCGGGUAAUGCAAUACAAUCAUGGGUAGAAGUAAAUUUGAAUUCACCCACUUAAGAAGCUUUGAUGCUGAGUACAACCAUAAAUUACUUACACAGAUAUUUUACAGUCUGCUUCUUGAUUCCUGAGCCCACUUGCCAUGUAUCUCUCAGUCCUGACUGAGGGAUCUUUGGAGGAUAAAGGUGUAAAAUAUCUGUAAAAUUAAAAAAACUAAUUUCACUAUUCUUUGAGCAGUUAUGGUCCAAAGAAUAGUGUAAAUGUUGAAGACAUUCAGAUCACAUUAAUCUGAACAUUCAUCACUUAUUAGUUCAAGCCAAAACAAAAAAGGAGUGAAUGAUGGGAGACUGUAGAGAUUCAUGAGAGCAUCUGAAGCAGCGGUGCAGAAAUGUUUAAACAGCAUCUGAAAGGCACAGUCAGGUGUCACAGACUACAUCAGAAACACUGAAUUGGAGCUACAAAGGAAAGAGCAGCAGGAAGAAAAAUGAAGCGUGCGUUUGGGAAGUCUCGCUAAAGCCUGCAGCCGAAUCUCAAAAGUGUACAUUUCACAGAUCAUGAUGUCCUUAUUUACACCCACCUCCUCUCAGAGGAGCGAGGAAACAUUUCCCAAAGUAUUAAAUAAGAUAGCGCGAUCGGUCGGAGAAUGCACUAAAUGUAAGGAGUCCGCAGCAGGAACCACGACAGAAAGAGAGAAAAACGGGGGUGGGAGGGGUCAUAACGAAAGCACUUGAUGAAACUUACUUCACGCCUAUGUUUUUCAUCCUUUACCUUUUUUUUAUAUAUCAUAUGUAUGUAUUUUUCUACCAACAGAGAAAUGUGUGAUCAAACAGAAAGCAACGUGAGCGCAUGAAUGUGAUGGAACAGAGAGAAAAGUCCUAACAGAACGUCUUGGUCCCUUUUUUUUUCUUUUUUUUUGUUGCUAUUCAACUGUUUACUGUCCUCGAAUGACUUAAGGCAGCCCAGUUUGUUAUUGUCAGGAUGGUUGUUGGGAAAAUAAUGAUUGUGUGAUGAAAAUGGCUGACAGGUACUGUUAUUAAUCUUUUUUUUUUAAAGAACUUUUCAUACAUAUUAUUACUACUUCCAUUAUAACUGUAUUGCAAAUGUUAUCCACAUUAUUAUCAAUCUGAGGCAUUAUGAUAUUGCAGUAUGCUGUACAUAAAAUACAUAGAAAAGACUUUUUCAUCUGUAAAAGGGAAGUAUGUCUUGUGUAAAGCAUCUAUGAAAACUAAAGGAAAUCAAAUUAACAUGUACCAAAUCACUGGCAGUGUCCCAGGUCAACUUUAAAGCUGACAGGCUGUGAGACCGUCACGCUCAGCAAAGUGAGGAGAUGACAGGAGAAUAAUUGUUUUCUUUAUCACAACCACAGCCACCAUCUACAGACUGUGAAACUGAUCUUAAUUAGGACGUAACCAGAGAUGAGUCAACUAAACCUCAUGUGUGAUAAUUAGGCAAAGAAUUAGGAUGUAUCUAUUUGUUCCCUUUUGAUGUCAGUGAACUCUAAAGCUCUGCCUUUUAAAUCAUAUAAAUACUUUUCUAAAGUCUGUCCUCAUAACUUAAUCCCAAUGGCAGGCAACGGCACAAAUAUCGUACCAAUAUCAGUGAAUUGCAAGAAGAAAAUUAGCAGGGACUUUAAUUAGUCAUUUAAAAUAUUUUUGGGCAUAAGGGAAGCACUUUGGUAAAACUAUCUGUAAUUCCACAUUUGUGCUUUUGUUAUAUAGGUUCACUGUAGGGCAGGACUUGAGUAUUGUUCCCUGGACUAAUGGAAAUUGGGGCAACAGUGUGGAUGAAUUUAUACAGAUUUUUAAAGUAACAAGUUUUGUACUAAGGAAAUGAAAAUAACUUAAUUAUCAAUGAGCUAAAAUGGCAUUCUCAAGUCUCCUAAAUUAUUCCCAUUCCCAAUUACUCAGUCAUAUAAUUGUAACACAACAGAUAAUUAGCCAAAUCUCAUAUUUAUCAGUAUCCCAGUGACAUUGAUGGUGAAUAUGUACCAAUAUUGGUGGAUCCCUAAUACAUUAUAAACAGGGACCACUGAGGCUUCCCAGAGGUGCAGUUUGGCUAAAAUAGGUAAUUCCACAUCUGUACAGGUGUUGUUGUGCUAAGUUUACUGUUGGGGAUUGAUUCCUGAACUUAUGGGAAAAAAUGGUCUCAAUUACUCAGAGAACCAUGUUAAUACUGUAACCAUAUGAUAUUUAAAACUAACGUAUCCAUGAUACAUCUGCAAAUAAUUAAAGCAUGAUUAUGAGAAGCUGUGACCUUGGUGACCUGGGACACCGCACACGCCGUCUCUAACCAAUCAGAAAUGUUCAGGAUGCCCAUACAGACGGCUGAUUGUCUCCAUGUAUACUCCUUGUAUUUCAUUGUGUCUUUUUAUGAGAAAUAACCCAUUCUCAAUAUUCUUGUUAAUGUUAUUACCAAUGCUCCUGAUAAUACAGUUAACUGCCCUCUUAUGCUACACUCUUCAUACUGUAUGCACAGUUACACCUCUUGCUCAUCUGAACAGACUGUUUCUUCCCUUAUGGAGAAUAAAGUUCAAAACCUG